AACAGUUAUUCGCCGAAAACUACAAUUCGUAUUUGAUUCGCCGCGCACAGACGAAAUGAAAUUUCACACUAUUUACCUGCUGUUGGCAACACUGGGCGCCAGUGCCGCCUUAAAUAGUACAAUUUUCGAUCUACUGCACUCCGUGGAUGAAAUUGCCAAGGGCAUAAUCGCGAGUGAACCAGGCGCACCAUCUCCGGACAAUGUUUUCAAAAUUAUAGAGAAUAUAGUGGUGGGUCUGCCACUUCAAAUCGCCUCCAGUAUAGCCAAUUCAAUCUGUUCGGCGGUUAUUAGUCAGGGUCGCGCCAAAACGCCGGAGAAGUAUGCGCCGGUACUCGGCGAUAUUAAAUUUCAGUUGCGCACCGCUUGUGAUAAGCGUUCGUAUUCGCUUGUGAACGCCAACGAUUUAGCGGACGAUGAGAGCUUCGACCCCGCGAAGCCAACCGUUAUAUUUGCCACCGGCUGGACGACAACCGUGAACGGUAGCCAACAGGAGCGGUUGGCCAAGGCGUACAACUGUCGUGGUGAUGUUAAUUACAUAGCUUUGGAUUUUGGCGAUUACAUGAAGACUUUGUAUCCGUGGUCAGCCCAGAACACCGACGUCAUUGGCAAAUAUGUGGCUGAGGCGCUACUGCGACUGGCUUCGCUCAUAAAUAUCGCGGACUUGCAUUUAAUUGGUCACAGUUUGGGCGCACAAAUAAUGAGUUCUGCGGCGCGUCACUACCGGGUUUUGACGAAUGAAAGCCUACCCUAUGUCACCGGUUUGGACCCAGCUUUACCGUGUUUCAACAACGAUGAGACACUAACCACGCUGUCGGCAAGUGACGCCGACUUUGUGGACAUCAUACACACGGAUCCCGGCGUCCUCGGUCAGUCGAAGGCCACCGGCAGUGUGGACUUCUUCGUGGGUGGCCAUUCUGCCUUGCAGGCAGGUUGCUUCAGUGUAACUUGUUCACACAGCCGUGCUGUCUCCUACUACGCAGAGUCGGUUUAUCCCAACAAUGAGGAUAAUUUUCUGGCCAAGCGUUGUGACUCUCUGAGAAAUCUACAGGCGGGCAAGUGUAAAGGCAAAGCCUAUCCGAUGGGCUACGCAGUGCCACAUGACCUAAGAGGCACAUAUGUUUUGGAGGUGAAUGAUAAGUCGCCGUAUGGCAAGAAUGCUGGUGUUAGUUCUAUGGAUCCGGAAACCACGACUUGUGGCAGCUGUGAGGCGUGAGUGAAGUUAAUGUUUACAUACAUAUAGAUAUAUACGCAUAAUUACAUC